UAUGUCACGCUGACUCUUUUCCAGCCAAUCCCUGAACUUCUGCUUGAUAUUUAUAUAAUACCCUCUUUUGCAGGAUCAAAAGGUUGUAAGCAACAAUUGUUAACUUUGUAAUCUAUCUAAAACUGCCAAGUUAGAAAAAAAUUUUUUUAUUCAAUUCACCGAAAAGUUCCGAUGACGAUUUUAAACAGACUUUGGGGCAAACCUGAUCCGACUACGGAAAUCAAACAGCAAGGGUUUAAGAUAAGUGAAUGCUCAGAGACCUGUGAAUCAUGUUCUCUGAAGUUUCCAAGCUCACUUAAAUUUGAAGAAGGCGCAUCAUUAUGGAAAUCUACAAAACCAUAUGGUUUGCAUAUUGUUGUUUCCACUGGUAAACUGGAUUGGCCACACGAUGCUACCGGUGUUAGAGGUACCCUUCUGAACAAAGUUUCAAAGUGGGCUGAUGACUCCAAGAAUCCUAAAAAGGCUACCUUGGGGAAUGUAAAGGUAACUUGUUCAUCCUUAGGUUCUGACGAGUUACUCGUUGACGAUGAAUAUAUGACAGAAAAGAAAGGAGAUAUUCUUUUAUUGCCAUAUUUUAUAUGGGUAAAGGGGAUUACUAUUACUGAGGUUGACUCUACUUUAGACAAGUUAAUUGAAAUGUUAGUGGAUAAGAAACCUAUUCCCGAUAUCAUCACUGCCAUUCCUAAGGUUCAAGUUGAUCCCUCCAAGGCAUAUGUGUUCUUGUGUUCCCAUAAAAGUAGAGAUAAAAGAUGUGGUUUAACCGCGCCAAUUAUGAAGAAAGAAAUGGAUCUUUACCUCCGGGAAUUGGGCCUUUAUCGUGACUUUGGUGAUUCUUCCCCAGGUGGCGUUAAUGUUGCAUUUAUCAAUCAUAUAGGUGGGCAUAAAUUCGCGGCAAAUGUUAUUAUUUAUCUUAAAUCUGAAGGUAAGAAUAUUUGGUUAGCCUUGUGUAAACCAAACAAUGUCAAACCAAUUAUUGACGAGUGCAUUGAAGGUGGAGGAAAGGUUUGGCCUGACAAGGUAAGACUUGUACAAAAGUUUGAUCCUAUCGAAUGGUAGAUGUGUAUCGUCAUUACUAUAUACAAAAGUGUAUAAGUAAAUAUUUAAUAGAAAUGCUUUCUAAGUUACAAGAGCAGUCUAAGUAUGUUGGAUCUUUUGUUCAAUGAAUCAAUAGUAACGGAAUCCAAUUUUGCAACCUCUUUAGUCAAAAUAUCGUUAAUUCUGUUUAAUUCCACUUGAAGAAAACCACCUUCAUGUUUCAAAAUGCUGUAUAAUAUCUUAUCAUAGUAUCCCUUGGUUUCUUCCUCUACAACAAGAGUAUCCAAUUUGUCAAAGAUUGACAAUAUCGAAUCAGGAUCUGUGUUUGCCUUUAUUAAUUGACUGAUUUCUGGUAACACUCCAGCAUUGGGAGUUAGAUUGCCCUCUGAAUCUCUCGACAAAUUAGUAAACUUAUUCAAUUGCUCCACUAAUGAUACAAAUUUUCUAUCUCCUUUAUAAACCAAAGGAUUAUCUAAGUUUCCAUCCUUAAAGAAUAAGAGUGUUGGGAGCGUUUCUACUCCAUAUCUGCCACUGAUUUGUUCAUUUUCAUGUUCAUCUAUUUCCAAAUAGCCAAUCAACAAUUUGGAACUGUCUCUUCCAAAAACAGUAUUUGCCAAAAUAUCAAGAUUCGGCUUCAAUUCUUGACAAUAUCGACACCAUGUGGCGCCAACCAGGACAACAGCAUAGGGAUAUGAGCUAACAGUGUCAUUAAAUGUUUCAGGAGUAAUCUUGACAAGUUUAUUUUCAACUACAGGCACUGUAUCCACUUCUUCUUUUUCUUCGGCAGAUGUACUGCUAAGUCUAAUACCACUCAAUUGUUGGAUAAAAUUGGAAAGACUUUCCAAAUCCCUACUGCCAUUGAAUUCUACUGGUUCCUUACUACCAUGGAAAAACAACAAUGUAGGAUACCCUUGAUAUACAUAUUUCCUACCCAUUUUCUUUCCAUCUGCAUCCCCAUUAAUCUUGGCUAUUUGAACUUGAGGAUAAUUUUUGAACAAGUCAGCUAAUUCUUCUAUAGUUGGUGCUAACUUCUUACAAUGGCGACACCAAUCAGCAUAAAAGUCAACAAAAGUAAAUUUUUCUGACUCUAUAACAACUUGUUUAAAAUCUUUAUCUGAUACUUGGAUUAAGUUAGACGAUGAAUAUGCUAAAGUCAAUGAAGAUAGCCACAAAGUGGUGGCUAUGAAGGUAUUUAUAAACUUCAUGGUGGUUAUUACUAAU